AGCCAUGCGGCUGCUCCUGUUGGCGAGUCUGCGAGCCCAGACCGGGAACGGCAUCACGGCGACGAGGAUCCGGUAAACGCCUUUCUUGCCAUCACUGGCCCCAUUUAGGCAGAAGUUCUCCAGGGAUCAUCUGGAAGCUGCCGGCCACAGGUGUACGCUCAAGGAUACUUUUGGCUGCAACUCCCCGCUGAUGGUUUCAGAUCUCAUCUCCUCCGAGAACUUUGAGGCUGCUCUGGGUAUCCAUCUGUAUAAAGCGGGCAGGCUCCUGCAAGGCAACGGGAUUCCUUUUGGAAUCGUUCUUGGUGGGACUGAUAUCAACGAAGAUGCCAAGUAUGCUGAGAAGGUUCGGGUGAUGGGAGAAGUGCUGGACGAAGCCAGGUUUGCCGUGUCUUUCACCGAGGCGAUGAAGGAAACCGCCUUAGCGCAUUGGCCUCACGCCAGGAACAAAAUCUACGUCCAAGCGCAAGGAAUUCUGACUUCCCCCAACGCCUCUUUUAACUGGGAGGAAUUUCUUCAGACUGCUGGGAUACCUCAGGACAUCAACGAUCAGCGCCUCUUCCUCUUAAUCUGCGGUCUGAGAAGAGUCAAGGACCCACUUUAUUUGGUGGAUGUUUUUGCAGAAUGGCACCGAGAGGAACCCAGCAUACACCUGAUUAUCAUUGGACCAGAAGUCGAUCCAGUGUUCGCCGAGGAAGUCAAAGAGAAAGUAAAACGGGCGGAAGGGAUCCAUUUGCUACAGGAGAUCCCCCAGGAAGAUCUCCACGCUGCCGUGAAAAGAAGCUUCGCCGUUGUGAACAGUUCCAUUUCGGAGGGGAUGUCAGCAGCAAUUUUGGAGGCAAUGGAUUUAAACGUCCCAGUGCUGGCAAGAAAUAUCCCAGGGAAUGCUGCGAUAAUCACGCACAAAGAAACUGGAUUAUUAUAUUCAACCCCUCAGGAAUUCGUUCAGCUCUCCCAAAUCCUGAUCAAUGACCCGUUUUUGCACAGGAAGAUGGUGACGAGAGCCAAGGAGUAUGUCACGAACCGCCAUUUGUGGGACCACGAAAGGACGACGUAUCAAAACCUUGUGCUGAAGCUUCGCUGACUCACGUUGGCUCUCUCUAUUUGCCCAUAUCCAUCUGCAAAUUGCACAGAUAUAUUUGCAAAUAUAUAUAUAUGGGUGCUCACUAAGGAACAGAAAUCCAUAGCCAAUUAAUCGUAUGGGCCCAAGUCCAGGGGAAUUUAAUUAUCUCUUAUUCCCACCCAAACCAACUUGAUGGUUUCCAGAUGUUUUUGACUGUGACUCCCACCAGUCGCACCCAACAUGACUAAUGUUCCGGGAAGGUGGCUGUUGUAGUUCCAAACAUCUGGAGAUCACCAGGUUGCCUGUCUCUGCCAUCGGAUGUGUUAGGUGCAACGAAUUUCUGCCCCGUUCAUUACAAUGGCAC